CGCAACGUUAUUUGGUGUGCGAGCGCUCUUCCAAUGACCAUCUAAGAACGCCCCACUGCUCCGUCUCACGCUGCGGGGGUGGGGAGCCCAUAAGUUUGGAUUCGGCCUCGGACAAACAUGGGAUACGAGCUGGACCGCUUCAGUGGAACAGUUGACCCGGAUUUGAAAUGCAAUCUGUGCAAUAAAGUUCUGGAAGACCCACUGACUACUCCGUGCGGCCACGUCUUCUGCUCUGGCUGCGUUCUACCUUGGGUCGUCCAGCAGAGCAGCUGUCCCGUCAAAUGCCAGCGGAUCUCCUCCAAAGAACUGAACCACGUCCUGCCUUUGAAAAACCUCAUCCUGAAGCUGGAGAUCAAAUGUGACAACCAUGUGCGGGGCUGCGACGCGGUGGUGAAGCUGCAGCACCUGGCCGAGCACGCCGGCAUGUGUGACUACUCUCCAGCCAAGUGCGGCAAUAAAGGAUGCGACGAGGUGCUCAGCCUGCGGGACGUGGAUGCUCACAUGCGGGAGACGUGCGAGUUUCGAGCGGUGGGCAUCUGCGAGCGCGGUUGCGGCUUGACGCUCACGCUCAAAGAGAAGCGACUCAAUGAGCACUGCUGCGUCCGUGCCCUGAAGGCGCACAACGGCGUGCUGCAAUACAAAAUGAUGUGCUUGGAUAGUGAGUUCAAGAAACAGACAAUCGAAGCCAACAAGAGGGAGAAAGCGCUCCUGGCGCAACUUUCCGCCGCUCACGCCGAGCUGCAGAUGACGGCGGUGAAGUACCAGAAGAAAUUCGCAGAGUACAGCGAGAGGAUCGACUCUCUCACUAGGACGGUGACCUUCUCCUGCAAGGAAGGAGAUACUAAAAAUGUGGAAGUUGUGCUUCUUCGCGAGGGCGGAUCUCUGGGCUUUAACAUCAUGGGAGGAAAACCAAGUGUGGAUGAUCAUGACAGCGCUACCACCGAGGGGAUCUUUGUGUCCAAAAUUAUCGAGAAUGGACCAGCCGACAAGGAGGACGGCCUUCAAAUGCACGACCGUAUUAUUGAGGUCAAUGGCAGAGACGUCUCGAAAGUGACCCAUGACCAAGCAGUGGAGGCUUUCCGUACAGCCAAGGAUCCCAUUAUGGUCCAAGUUUUGCGCCGGGCCCCUCUGCCCAAACUGGUCUCUUCCCCCACCGCUGACAACCACCUGUCAGAUAUCAGCACCCAGACUGAAAUCACCCUUCAACACAUUAUGCCGCUUGCCAAUUUGCCAGCAACUUCACCGCCCGGGACUGUGCUCCAAGGGUACCUCCUUACUGAGGAGCGUCCUUCUGGCCAUGAGUACUUUGACCCCAAUGAGUUCCUGGAUGGGAUUAAUCACGACAUAGAACGUGAAGAGUUAGAAUAUGAGGAGGUGGAUCUAUACAGAGCCAACAUUCAAGACAAGCUAGGCUUGACCAUCUGUUACAGGACUGACGAUGAAGAUGAAGCUGGGAUCUACAUUAGUGAGAUUGAUCCAAACAGCAUUGCCGCUCAAGAUGGCAGAAUUCGAGAAGGUGACAAAAUCGUCCAGAUCAAUGGCAUCGACAUCCAAAACCGUGAAGAUGCAGUCGUGCUUCUGACCAGUGAAGGCAACCAGAAUAUAUCUCUAUUAGUUGCCAGACCACAGAUCCAGCUGGAUGAGGGCUGGCUGGAUGACGACAGGAAUGACUUCCUGGAUGAGCUCCACAUGGACAUGCUGGAGCAGCAGCACCAUCAGGCCAUGCAGUUCACUGCCAGCAUGCUGCAGCAGAAGAAGCAUGAGGAAGAUGGCGGCACCACUGACACAGCCACACUUCUCUCCAAUCACCACGAAAAGGACAGCGGAGUCGGCCGUACCGACGAGAGCACACGCAACGAUGAGAGUUCCGAGCAGGAGAACAUGGCUGACGACCACACAACAGCAUCCAACACUCUGAGCAGCUGCAGGAAGCUCGCCUACAGCCAGGACACCCUUGGCAGCGCCGACCUGCCUUUCAGCGGCGAGUCGUUCAUCUCAGCAGACUACGCCGACACCGACUUUCUCGGUAUCCCCGCGGAUGAAUGCGAGCGCUUCCGAGAACUCCUAGAGCUCAAGUGCCAAAUGAGGAAUGGAGGAAUCCAGGGCGUGUAUAGCCAAGGUGGCGGGGCAGAAGGCCAAGACCAAGAGGUGGUGGACAAAGAGCUGGAGCUACUCAAUGAGGAGCUGCGUAACAUCGAGCUAGAGUGCCUUAAUAUCGUCCGUGCCCACAAGAUGCAGCAGCUUCGGGAGCAGUGUCGCGAAUCCUGGAUGCUCCACAACAGCGGCUUCCGGAACUACAACACGAGCAUAGACGCACGGCGCCAUGAGCUCUCGGACAUUACGGAGAUGCCGGAGAAAUCUGACAAAGACAGCUCCAGUGCCUACAAUACCGGCGAGAGCUGCCGCAGCACCCCUCUUACGUUGGAGUUGUCGCCAGACAACUCUCUGCGUCGUGGGCCCGAGAACCAAGCUGGGCCGUCGAGCUCCAACGGUAGCGCGCCCGAAUCUCCCGCCGCCCCUCUCCAAGAGGUCUGUAGCCCCGGCAGGAGCAAAGCCCUUUCCAAGGAUCCGGAUUCCUUACAGGUAGAAAGCAAGGAGAGGAAAGUAGGAGAGGCCAGCAAACCGGCGAGGAGCUUUGCUCAGCCACGUUCUCUUUACAAGCACGCACACAUCCCCGCCCACGCCCAGCACUACCAGAGCUACAUGCAGCUGAUCCAGCAGAAAUCCGCCGUCGAGUACGCCCAAAGUCAGAUGAGCCUGGUCAGUAUGUGUCGAGACGCGGGUGACCCGGGCAACAAGAUGGAGUGGAAGGUCAAGGUGCGUAGCGACGGUAGCCGCUACAUCACCAAGCGGCCCAUUCGGGACAAGCUGCUGCGGGAGCGCGCCCUGCGCAUCCACGAGGAGCGCAGUGGUAUGACCACGGACGACGACGCCAUCAGCGAGUUGAAGAUGGGCCGCUACUGGAGCAAGGAAGAGAGGAAGCAACACGCCGUCCGUUCCAAGGAGCAGAGGCAACGUCGCGAGUUCAUGAAGCAAAGCCGAGCUGAUUGCCUGAAGGAGCAGGUUGCCCCGGAGGACAAGAAGGAGCCCAACAUUAUCGAACUGAGCAACAAAAAGAUGAUGAAAAAGAGAAAUAAGAAAAUAUUUGACAACUGGAUGACCAUCCAGGAACUGCUGACCCACGGUACCAAAUCACCAGACGGCACCAAAGUUUACACCUCGCUCUUGUCCGUGACCACAGUCUAAGUUGUGCAGAGGGGGGUGAAAUGGGACUAAUGGGACAGCGCUUCCCGUUUCGGUCCAUGUGGCAAGUUGUUGUAAAUAGCAGAAAAGACUUUUGUGGAGAGUUUCCACGGCAUUGCUUCAAUGAUUGGACUAUAUUUGGUUGUGGGCUGGACUAACUUUAAUACCUUUUCUACCAUUGUGCUUGCUCUUUUGAAUAAUCUCGGAAGCAUACUUUUUAUCGAAAGCACAACAUGUGCCAUUCAUAAACAGCCAGCAUUUACACAAUUUUACAAUAUGUUUUUGUUCUUACUAUACUGUAUAACCUUUAUCAGUGUUCUUCUGCUUUGCAUAGUCUUCUUUUCUGGAACCAAGUGCUUGUUUUUCCUGCAAAGUAUAAAAUCCUUUUUAAAAGGUCUUUUGUAAAUAAAUGUUGGCAGAAAAUGUCAAAGUUUUAAAUAUAAUACGUUCUUAUAAUGGUGCUGAUUUUCCAAAGUUAUGACCAUCAGUGACAUCUGUUACAUAUUGUAGAGAUCAUCAUAAUAUUUGUAUGUGCCUAUGUUUAGAAAAAGGCAUUUCAUAUAUUAUUGACUUUUUGUUUGUGUUUAAGCACACGUAAUAGUCGCUUUUGCUUUUUUAGGCCUUUAGCUACUAAAGUCAAUAACAGCUUGAUAAAUUCUUAGUUAGCCACAAAAUUUGACAUCCUGUAAAAUGACAGAAAUAAAUUAUUGUUUUAUAUAUGA